AUGUAUGAACAGGACACAUGUUUUCGUGCCGCAAAUACCCCACUUUUCGUUCAACUUUUUGGACCCUCGUGCACCCCGCCGCCGCACUCUCGUGCGAGGGAAUCUUUGUGUCUCCCUUUGGCGACAUGCACGCGACCUCAUGAGGGCGUUCGCCACCGUGCGAUCAACCCACCUCCUGUGCCUGUGUCGCUGCCGGACUCAGACGAGAGCGGCACCGCCGCAGCCGGCGUGGUGCCUGGCGGGGACGCGGUCACGGUGGAGAGUCACGCAGACGCCACAGUGAAUGAUGCGGUUUUUGAGCGGGAUAACACCGACACGUCCGAGAAACCCAAGCUGCCGUUUCGUCAGGUAAUGAGGGAGCUGGAGCGGCGUUUUCAGGAGCAGAUGGAGGUGCACCGUGGCCUUCAGGCGUCGAUGCAACAAGUUGAUUUGCUCCGCGACGAGGUUUCACUUUUUCGAGCAGAGCGGCGCACGGCGGCUCUCGCGUCGGCAUUAAGCAGACAAUCAAUGUCAUUGAUGGAGCCUGCAGUGGCUGCAAGCAUGCCAGCUGCUCCGGCGCCACCACGGCUGUCUAAGAGCAGCGGUGCAGCUAUCGCCGCCAGCCCACUGCUAGAGAAGAUACUGAAGUCAUACGCCGAGGAGCGCUCUAGUAAGGUGCCUCAAGUGGAGGAAGCAAAGCCAUCAAAGGCCGAAAACACACGAAGAAGACUUCCUGUGGAUGUGAUUCGCCCGCCAGAGGAGCCGCGGCCUUAUGCACGUGUCUAUUAUGUUCCUGUAGCAAAACCUCAGGAGAAUGCAUAUAGUGAGGCCGUUGUAAGUGCCUCAACCCUUUUAACUUCAGCAAAUUCGGCGUCUACCAGUGCGUUGUAUACGGAGGACUUUGAAGCUAGUGCUGGUGUUUCAACGGACCUAUCAGUUGCAAGCGGUUUCAGUAACUCGAGCGUUGCAACGAGCAGCAUGUCUGUUACAAGUAGCACAAGUAUAAGGCAGUCCGCUUCUGAUAGCGUCUCAACCGUUACCACGAUGACAGAGUCUUCUGUGAUUGAUAGGGUAAAUAAUAGUGGCGUGCGUGGCUCAAGUGGGGACGACAUGUCUUUAUUGACGGUACUGCAAGAGUUCUACAAUGUGUGUGGGAGUGCGAAUCGUCUUGUGCAUGCACUCCUCGGCACCGACGGAAAUGCAGAACGGGUGCAGCUGAGAGAUGAAGGUGCGGUUGCCCUGGGAAUGAAGUCUGUCACGGACGCCAAGGACGAAGAUGGGCGUCAGGUGUGGUUGUCAAGCCUGCGGCGUGAUGUCGGCGACGUUCGGAAACUCCGCCGCUUUAUUGAUCACAUGAAAAAGAACAUGAGGUCGCUUGACUGCCAGCGCAAGGCGCAAGAGGCAAAACGAAGGCUCCUUGUCAAUGCCCAGCGUCUGGCGAGGGCCCACCAAAGAAUGCGCCACAACAAAAGUACACUGUCUGACGUUAUGGAUGGCAUUGUCGACCUUCUCGGGAGCGAGGCCAGCCGCAGCGGUGAGGAAACGGUGAUGGAUGAAGUCGCCAUCGAUUCAGCGCUCAGAUGGGAUGGCGUUAGUGACGAAGUGGUGGAAGACGAUGUCGUAGAUGUCGCGAGCAGUUCUGACGUCAUGGAUGAUGCGGUAGUGGAUGAGCUGGAUGGUCUGGGAGAAUGGGGCAACAGUAGGCUUGGUGAUGACGACGAUGUGGAUGUUCCUCAAGAAGUGGGGAGUGAAUUAAGCUGGGCGGUGGCGGAAAGUGAGUAUGCAAACGCUCUUGCUGAAGCAAGUGAUGUUGGUGACAUGGUGAAGGAUGAGGUCCCACUACCAAGUGAUGAGGAAGAAGCGGGGGAGGUGGACGAGGACCUUACGCCAUUGCCGUUGGAUGUCGCGAGCAGUGUGCCGGAAGUCGUGGACGAUGUCGCGAAUUCGGAUUCUGACGUUGCUGCCGAGGAAGCGCAAGGGGAAAGUUUGGCGGCGAGUUUCCAGGACGAGGAUGUUGAUGAUGAUGUCCCCGAUGCCUCUCUCUUGGGCGAUGCAACCUCGCAAGAUGCCGAUGUGUCCUCUGUGUUUCCAGCCUCUACCACCACUCUGUCGAGUGUUCCGGCGAACAAUCAGGCAAGGGACGACGAGGAGUACAACCACGAGGGAACGGAUUCUGCUGAAAGCGCGCUUGAUGCACUGGAGCACGACCUGCGGGAGACGGAGUCGCGGCGAGUGAAGGCCCUGUUGUCGGUUCACCCGACUCUUUUUACUUCGCUCUACGCCGCCGAGGAGGUGAGUCCAACGCCGACCGGCAGUUCUCACGACGCUGCAGAGCAAACACCAAACGGCGAGGAUGUAGGUCCAGAGGCAACCGUCGUGCAGCCAGCGGAGAGUGAGGUGAGGCCCGCAUGUGCGGUGUCGCUCGUUUGUGAUGAGGUGGUGGAAGCAACGAUAGAAUUGCCGCGCGAGAGUGCGGUUUCUGGCUACGCUGCCGAUGAUAUUGUAGCCCAAUUACAGUGGAAGGAGCGUCAGUUGGCCCUCUUGCGGCAGUUACGACGGAAGACGGCAUGGGAGCAGGAGAGAGACGAGGAAGAAGGAAAUGAAGAUAAAACGGCGACGGCCGCGCAGUUAUCAAUGCCAGUGGAAGAGAAGGCGGAUUACCACUGGGGCAUGUUAGAGACUCUCCUGCAGUGCCGCUUCGGCACUACAGGGAAUGAGGGCCCUGAUGAAGACAUGUUGGCGGAUAGUGUCAAUGAGAGUAGCUGGACUGACGCCUACGACGACACUGCCGCCUAUACCAGCUCAGAUGUAGAAUUCUCAGCUGGUAGUGAAGCGUCUUUACAGACUGCCUGA